UAAACACAUAAAAGGCAGAGAACUAAUGAGAAAUCACAUUCAUGUUUUACCGACAUUCACCAUUUGAAGCCAAACCACCUACACUCCCCCGUCUAGCGUCUUUAGUCUGCUUUCCCCUCACCGUCCAGGCGCCCGCCGGAGAUCCAAGCUGCCUCAGGCGACACCCGUCUGCCAUUACUCGAUAAGUGGACAGUAUUCUAUAAUCUCUUCUAGUGAACCACAAAAUCAGCUCGGCUGCAGGAAAUAGCAGAAUGGAUCCAGAAGCUGCACGCACUGCACGAGAGUCUUUGGAACUGACAUUUCAGAUGUCCAACAUACUCGAGACAGGAUUAGAUCGUCAUACUCUGUCUGUUCUUGUUGCACUAUGUGACCUUGGUAUGAACCCUGAAUCGCUCGCUGCUGUUGUAAAGGAGCUCAGAAGAGAGCCCUCACCGCCUUCAACCGUUACAGCAAAUGCACCUACUCAUUCCUGAACUUAUUUACGAGCUAUGUUUCAUUUUCUCUCCUGUUUCUUUUGUGCAGUUUGUAAUUCUUUAUUCCAUGUUAGAAUUGUUUGAAUGUAUCAACUUGAUUGUGUGUUCCAUAAUCAGUUGUUUUGUCAAUGUUUACCGAUUUUCAUGUUUAUAUUUC